GUCCUCCAUGUCAUGAAACGCGUUCGCAGCGCAGUGAGACGGUCGCGUCAAAGCCCUGAGCAGCUUUUCAAGCGUUUCUGCAAGGCCGGAGGCGCCGGUGUGUCCGGACCCAUCAUGACGAGAUCGGAUUUCAUUCGCGUGCUGGGGACCUUUGAGCCCAACUUGGAGCAGGAGAUGGUCCUCCGACUGUGGCAGCACUUGGUGUCUCAAGGCAGUGGAGAUGACGGCCUCAACUUCGCCGAAUUCCAGCGCUGGUUCGUAAAUGGGGAGGGCUUGGGCACUUUAUCGAGGACUACAAGCAGCUCGACAUCCCUGGCUCUCUCCGGCAACGGCAUGGAAGGCGGCUACCUUGAUGCUGGCGAUCGUCCCUCAACGGCGCCGUGUGGCUUUGGAUCUGGUCCAGGUGGCCGAAGACAGUCCAGGCCGCCAUUCUCACCUGCACCCGGGACGUCACCGGCGGCAUUCUUCGCGAACAACCUGCGCGGAGGAGCCAUGACUUUGCCAAUUCCUAGCCGGAGCGAGUCGGGCCGAUCACUUCAGGAGUUCGUCACUGGAGAGAUGGCGCCGCUUCGAAGUGCUGACGAGAUGGCUUUGAUCGCCGCAGUCUUGCGGCUAGGCCGCGGCCUCGCAGCCGACUCCCUCACAGUAGCCGGUGCCUUUGUUCUCUACGACGAGCAUCUGGAGAAGAUGUCUCUUGGCCAGAUUUCGACACCUUCAGGAGAUGUAAAUUCGUAG